AAUCAUCCGCCCUCGUAUCCUCACGCCCACAAAACACCCGAAGAAAAGAAGAGACUGAACGCCGCGAGUUCACGCCACGAUGGAAAACGCCGCCCCCGCCAUUGCUAAGCCGUCGCUGUCCAAGAAGCCCUCGCCGUCGUUCCGCCUCCGGAACGGCAGCCUCAACGCACUGCGCCUGCGCCGCGUGUUCGACCUCUUCGACCGCAACGGCGACGGCGAGAUCACCCUCGACGAGAUGGCCUCGGCGCUCGACGCGCUCGGCCUCGGCGCCGACCGCUCCGGCCUGGAGGCCGCGGUUGGCGGGUACAUCCCGGCCGGCGCCGCGGGGCUCCGCUUCGACGACUUCGAGUCCCUCCACCGCGCGCUCGGGGACGCGCUGUUCGGCCCCAUGCCGGUGGCUGUGACCGAGGAUGACGACGACGAGGGGGACAUGAAGGAGGCGUUCCGGGUGUUCGAUGAGGACGGCGACGGCUUCAUCUCGGCCGCCGAGCUGCAGGCCGUGCUCAAGAAGCUCGGCCUGCCCGAGGCUCGGAACCUGGCCACUGUGCAGGAGAUGAUCUGCAACGUCGACCGCAACUGCGACGGCCGCGUCGACUUCGGCGAGUUCAAGAACAUGAUGCAGGGGAUCACCGUGUGGGGCGCUUAGCUGCCGCGCACCUGCGUUGUCACACCCCCUCUACUGCGUGGUGUCAUGUUCUGGAGCAUAUAAAGACUAGAGGAGGGGCGAUCACAAAUCAGUAACUGGUACCAGGUUUAAAAAGUAGGGAUGAUUCGUGACUUCAGUGUUCUAACUUUGGUGGUUCUGCCCCCCUAGUGUAGAUAUUGUUCUACUGUACGUAGUGUCUCCCUUGCUCUAUUAAGCUUUCUGAUCAUGAGACAUCCAGUUUAUCUAUAAACAAAAUUGUUAUGAACAUGCUCGAUUUCUACUAUGAUGUAAUUUGCCAUCUUUCUUGGCACGAGCUUCAUAUAAUAUCCAGUGUUCCUAGUGGUUUC